AUGGCUAGAUUUUUUGCUUUGAACAAGAAAAAGGAGAAAGAGAAAAAGGAGAAAGAGAAAGACAAUACAGAGUCUGCAGACGCUGAAGAAAACGUAAUAGAAAGUUCAUCCAGUUAUCUAACCGGAAAUGAGGAAGCAUUAGAUCCCAAAUAUGGCGAUCUUCCCACUGCGAAUACGGCCAGUGAUGAUGUGUCCACUACUUUUGACUCGUCUAUACAAUCGUCGUCUAUAUUUUCCAGAAGCAGGUUAACUUCUGGAACAGGUGCCUCUUCCAGUAUAGCCACAUCAGGAAUGCGUAGUCAUAGUAGUGGGAAUAGCGGGUCUAAGAAUACCAAGAACUUACAGGGGUUCGUGGAUGUCGGGAAACCAUUAAGGGCAGUUAGUUUUUUGAAUCCCGUUAAAGAGGAGGAAUCUCAGGACGAACAGAAAGCUUCAGAUGUUAGCCCUCUGGCUCCUACGACAUUAGCUACUUCAGGCGGUGUGCGGGAAAAUACUUUCAGUUCAAGAAGAGCUAUCACUUUAGAUAAUGUCCAUAAAAGCCUGUCGGAAUUGGAGGACAAUUUAGUGGACAUAAUGGAUGAUAUUCAUCAAGACGUCAUCAGUAUCUCAAGAGCAGUCAUUGAAGCCAUCGAGUACUUUAAAGAAUUUUUACCGACGAUAAAAGACAGGAUUCCAUAUAGGAUAAGUGUUGAAAAAUCUUCCGCAUUACGAAAGAUUAAUAAAAUUGUUCUACAUUUCUUAGACAACUUGUUAGUGUCUGAUGCAUUUUCCAAUUCGAGGUCGAUUUUAUUAAGAAGAUUUUAUUUUUUUUUGAAGAAAUUAAACUUAAUUACCGAUGAUGACUUUAUAUUGGAGUCAGGAGUUCUGCCGUGCUUGUCAGUUUUCUGUAUCGACGGUCAUUGCAACUUGCCAAGUAUGGACAAAUUAGAUUUAAUUUUGAAUGAGUUGGCCAAGAUGGACUCCUCUAUUAUUUCUGAUCAAGAAGGUGCUUUUAUAGCACCCAUAUUAAGAGGGAUAACCCCCAAAAGUUCCAUUCUCACAAUAAUGUUUGGUUUGCCUAAUUUACAGCAUGAGCACUACGAGAUGAUAAAAGUUCUCUACUCGUUGUUCCCAGACGUACACUUGUACUGUGUGAAAGAUUACAUCAAAAAGGCUGCAUCUGCAGUAGAAAGUAUUCCAUCUCAUACAGAGCCCGAUGUUGGCCCAAUGGCUCCCGUCAAGUUCCAGUUUUCGCCCCCAUACGCAGUUUCAGAAAAUCCAUUGGAACUGCCUAUUUCCAUGUCUCUAUCCACAGAAACAAGCACAAAAGUAACAGGAACGUUGGGAGGUUAUCUUUUUCCGCAGACUGGGAUUGAUACGAAAUUCUCGCAGUUUGCAAACUGCUCGUUCGCCAUUACAUGCGCCCAUGUUGUAUUGUCGGAAAAGCAGGAUUAUCCAAACGUGUCGGUACCAUCUAAUGUUUUACAGACUUCAUAUAAGAAGGUUUUAGCAAAAGAAUCCGACAGAUACCCUGAUGAUUCGGUAGAAAAAACCGCCUUCUUGGAAGAAGUGCAAAGAAUAGAUCAGAAUCUAAAAUGGCAGAAAUCAAACAAGUUCGGGCGGGUUGUUUGGGGCGAAAGAGCCAUCGUUGAUCACCGAUUGUCAGAUUUUGCUAUCAUCAAAGUGAAUUCGUCGUUUAAAUGUCAGAAUACUUUAGGUAAUGAAUCAAAUUCCUUGCCUGAUCCAACUUUGAGAUUUCAAAAUUUACAUGUCAAACGAAAAAUUUUCAAAAUGAAGCCUGGUAUGAAGGUGUUUAAAAUAGGUGCUUCUACACGUUACACUUCCGGCCAACUGAAUUCUACGAAAUUGGUUUAUUGGGCGGACGGAAAAUUGCAAAGUAGCGAAUUUGUUGUGGCAUCUCCAACUCCAUUAUUUGCAAGUGCUGGAGAUUCCGGUGCAUGGAUUUUAACCAAGUUAGAAGAUCGGCCAGGUUUAGGAAUUGUAGGUAUGUUGCAUUCAUAUGAUGGUGAACAGAGACAGUUUGGUUUAUUCACACCUAUAGGUGACAUUUUGGAGAGAUUACAUGCAGUGACCAAAAUUCAAUGGGAUAUCGACCCACAAGUAGAUGGAUGA